AUGGCUGAUCAGAACGGCCAACUACCUUCGCUUCCCUCCGAGCUGUGGCAAUCGAUUUUAUCGCGCUUGUCUAACAGCGACAUCAAGUCUCUGCGCCUCACAUGUAGGCUCUUUGGCGAUUCGAGUCUCCGCAUCGAGCGAGUCUUCCUAUCCGCCAACCCAUUGAAUAUUGAAGUCUUCCGCUCAAUUGCGGACCAUAAGACAAUCCGCCACAGGGUGACUGAAAUUGUCUGGGAUGAUGCACGCUUCAUCGACGUCCCACAGCGAACCGUUUCGGACUAUGGAAUGAGCGAGGACGAGACUGAGGAAUGCCCUGUUUGGUUUGUGAAGGAAUGCAGGGAGAACCUCGAGUAUCUAGAAGAACGCAAAGGUGACGAUGUGGAUCGCCCGGAUCACAUCGCGCGAGCAGAACAAAUUGUUGUGCGGCCUCCUCUGAAAAUGUGCUGGGAAUAUUAUCAGCAUCUGUUACAUCAGCAGAAACACGUACUAGCCGCUGAAAGCGACCAGGAUAUCUUCCUAUACGGAUUGAAGCGAUUCCCUGCACUCAAAAGAAUCACGAUCACGCCUGUAGCGCACGGUUGGCUUUUCGCCCCAUUGUAUCAGACCCCGAUGAUUCGUGCAUUUCCCAAAGGAUUCAACUACCCAAUCCCGCGUGGGUGGUCGACCGCGGGGAAUCACCAGGCUCCGCCGCUCGCUAAGCCGUGGCAAGAUCUCGAUGAAUUAGACAAAGACAAAUAUCGCGGUUUUCGCAUCGUGACACGCGUUCUCGCCACAGAAGAGCAUAAUGUCUCCGAACUGCUCAUGGAUGCCAACCAACUCUCCAUUGGACUCGACUGUACGAUGUUUGAUAGAUCAUGCGAUGAAAAUGAGAAUCUCGCCGCGGUGCUGAAACACGCUGUUUUCUGUCGCCUGGAUCUUGCCUUUAUUGUACGUGGACAAGACUGGGAAAAAGAUUGGAGGUCAUUCCGGAAUGGAAAGCUUUACCAAGCACUGGGUGAAGCGAAGGACAUGGAACACAUCAAAAUGUACGCCACGUCCGUCUCCGAUUCUACUCUUGACCGUGCCGAAGACUCAAGAGUCGGAUCACUUCGUCACUCGAUUCCGCUACAGUCCAUAUUUCCUAUUGCUAAAUGGUCAAAGCUUCGCUAUUUCGGACUGUCCCGUUUCGUGGUAUCACAACCUGACAUCAUCUCCUUGCUUUCUGCACUACCAGAGACCCUCCACUCCGUUGAACUGAGUUUUCUUGAAUUCAUCGACAACGGCGGCAAUUGGCGCGAUCUCCUCACAGAGAUGCGCAUUCGGAUACACGAGAAUUGUCUCUGGCCGGAUCGGGAUACGGCCUCAAAACCCAAGAUCACCAUUGGGGUGAAACACAUUUGUUUCCGUGCUGGAUCUGGCAUUUGGCUCGAACAAGAGGUGUGCGACUUCCUUUACGAGGAGGGAGAGCACCCAUUUGGUAGCGUCAAUUAUCCAAAGUGGGGAGUGGGAACUGUACGCGAUACAUUUGAGCCUAAUUAUGAGCGGCCGUAUGUCCGUCGUGGCGUUUUAAGACGGUUGGGCUAUCUUAAGCCGAUUCAGUGA